AUGGCAGACUGGGGCUCCUACUUCUUCGGGGUAGAGAUCGAGGCCAUCGCCUUGCCGGUUAAGGUCGGCCACAACAAGCAACGAGAAGCAUACUUCAACAGACUUGUCGCGAAGCUACAAUCCUACGGAGUGUCAGCUGUAGCAGAACAGCACGGCCAGCGGUACAGCAAGCAUCCCGAACACUAUGACAAGUGGUGGAUAACUAGAGACGGUUCUCUAGGGGAGCCUGAGAACUCUAGGGGCAACGACAUUGAUAUGUUCUGGAGCGCCUGGGGCGAAGUCUUUGAAGAGCCCGAAGAUUCCACGUUGUGCGGUUGCCAUGUGCACGUUUCGCCGUCACCGCAACAGGAAUUCUCCCUGUCACAGCUGCGCCGCAUAGCAUUCGGUGUCGUCCGAUACGAACCACUGGUCGCGGAGCUCCUCCCAGCACACAGAAAUGACAAUAAGUACUGCAGGCUGAACACCGAGAAGUCCUACGAAUUGAACCGGAUCAUGUCCCACACCUCGAGAGGGAUGGACCUCAUCGCGGUCAAGCACAGGUUGGAUCAGGUCGCUGACAAGUACCAGCUGAGGAACUUGAUGCAACAGAGCUACGAGCCCAAGAAAGAUAGGUACGUCCUGUGGAAUUUUGACAACGCGCGUCCCGGCAAGAGCGGGUCAGUCGAGUUCCGCGGGGGUCCUGGGAUCAGGGAUUCCGAGCAGACCAAGACGUGGGUUUCGUUUGUGGUGGCCUUCAUUCAUCUAUGCCUGAGCCAAGAUGUCGAGCUUUAUCCCCUCGAGCCCGAUUCCUCAACCAUGGCCAACUUUUGGAGACGUAUACGCCAGGCCGGCAAGGCUACAGGCGUGAAGGACAACUUGCCCAGCGACUGGACAGCUAUGGCAGUGUCGUCAAGCUGCUAUUAUUCGGAUGAUUCAGACGACGACAGCGUAGUUGGAAAGUCUGACUUUGAGGAAUCUGACUUCGAUGACUCUUCAGACUCUGAAUUUGAUAUUAGCUCCGAUACUGGAUCUGAUUCUGAUGAUUACGAAUCGGAGGAUGAGUAUGAGUAUUCGGAGUCAGUCUAUUACUAUUAUUAA